GAGGCUGGUGCCGGCUGGGGGGCAGGCAGCCCAGGCUAGCGCGUCUGCUACGCUAGGGCACUGAUCCCCGGCAUCUUGAAAAUGCACUGAAGGAUGCUGCCCAGGGAGACCAUCGCCUGAGACCCCAUCAUGCAGGCCUUCCCGCAAGGGCCCGGCAGCUGGACAAGGUGAAAGCAGAGUAUGCUCGACUUAAACACACGCUCACCAUAGUGACCAGAGAACGCGAUUUGGCCGUGAAGGAGAAACACCAACUCCAAGCCAAGCUGGAGAACCUAGAACAGGUCCUAAAGCACAUGCGAGAGGCCGCGGAACGGCGGCAGCAGCUGCAGUUGGAGCAUGAACAAGCCCUGGCCGUCCUCAGCGCCAAGCAGCAGGAAAUCGACCUCCUGCAGAAGGCUCAGGUUGAAGCUAAGAAAGAACACGAAGGCGCAGUGCAGCUGCUAGAGCGCAGGGCACGGGAGCUAGAGGAGAAAUGCCGCGCGCAGAGUGAGCAGUUCAGCCUGCUGUCCCGGGACCUGGGUCGGCUCCGGGAGCACGCGGGCGAGAUCGACCUGCAGGGAGGCAGCUCCCUGGACGUCCCCUCGUCCCCCGGCAAGCCCUUCCGGAGCUUCAUGAACGGACUGGCUCCCUCCAUUGGCAAAGGUCAGGAGAGCUCCGCUGGAAGCCGCACUGUGAUCGGUGAAUCUAUCCGGCCCCUCCCGCUCCCAGGUGACAAGCCAGAACCUCUGUCCAUCAAGCCCCCCUUUCUGUCGAGACCUGGUGGCCCAAGAUGCAGAUUUGAAGCCGACAUGGAUAAUGAAUGGAAUUCCAGUACCGCCAAGCAGAGAUACUCGGGGAAGGUCCACUUGUGUGUCGCCCGCUAUAGUUACAACCCCUUUGACGGGCCAAAUGAGAACCCAGAGGCUGAGCUGCCCCUCACGGCGGGGAAGUACCUCUACGUCUAUGGAGACAUGGACGAGGAUGGCUUCUAUGAAGGCGAGCUCCUGGACGGGCAGAGGGGCCUGGUGCCCUCCAACUUCGUGGAUUUUGUCCAGGACGAGUCUCGACUGGCAAGCACUCUGGGGAAAGACCAGGAUCAGAACUUCAUCAACCAUGCCGGCGUCGGCUCGGACGGGGAGCGCAUCCUGGACCUCCACUCCCCGACGCACACGGACUCCGGCCCCUCCGACCACGGGGCGGGGACGCUGGACACGAACAUCGAUGACAUCGGAGAAGACAUCGUGCCUUACCCUCGGAAAAUCACCCUCAUCAAACAACUUGCCAAAAGUGUCAUUGUGGGCUGGGAGCCCCCGGCGGUGCCCCCGGGCUGGGGGACUGUGGGCACCUACAAUGUGCUGGUGGACGCAGAGACGCGCCUGAGCCUGGCGCUGGGCGGCAGGACCAAGGCCCUGGUGGAGAAGCUGGACACGGCAGCCUGCACCUACCGCAUCUCCGUGCAGUGCGCCACCAGCCGGGGCAGCUCGGACGGGCUGCGCUGCACGCUGCUGGUGGGCAAGGACGUGGUGGUGGCACCGUCCCACCUGCGUGUGGACAACAUCACGCAGGUCUCCGCCCAGCUCUCCUGGAUGCCCACCAACAGCAACUACAGCCAUGUCAUCUUCCUCAACGAGCAGGAGCUGGACGUCGUCCGGGCCACCAGCUACAAGUACCAGUUCUGCAACCUCAGGCCCAACGCGGCUUACAAAGUGAAGGUCCUGGCCAAGCCCCACCAGGUGCCCUGGCAACUGCCCCUGGAGCAGAGGGAGAGGAAGGAGGCCUUCGUGGAGUUCUCCACGCUGCCGGCAGGCCCUCCCGCCCCUCCCCAGGACAUUGCCGUCCAGGCCGCAGCCACCCCAGCCACUGUCCAGGUCUCCUGGAAGCCGCCCGCGCUGACGGCCACGGGGCUGUCCAAUGGAGCCAACGUCACCGGCUACGGCGUGUAUGCCAAAGGACAGAGGGUGGCUGAGAUCAUCUCUCCCACGGCGGACAGCACGGCCGUGGAGCUGGUGCGGCUGCGGAGCCUCGAAGCCAAGGGUGUGACCGUGCGGACCCUCUCCGCCCAGGGCGAGUCCGUAGACUCUGCCACCGCUGCCAUCCCCCCCGACCUCCUGGUGCCUCCUGCCCCCCACCUGAGAACUCCCACACCGAAGCCAUUAGCAAAUGCUGGAGCCCCCGAUACCAAAGAUGAACACCUGGGUCCGCACGCCGCGGCGCAGGAGGCCUGGGAGCUCGGCCGGGCGCCUGCUCCGGCCCACGGGCACCUGCUGGAGCCGCCCGGCCUGCAGGGCUCGGGCCCGGGGCGGCGGUCGCCCUCGCCCAGCCGCAUCCUUCCGCAGCCGCAGGGCGCCCCGGUCUCCACCUCCGUCGCCAAGGCCAUGGCCCGGGAAGCCGCGCAGAGGGUGGCCGAGAGCAGCAGGCUAGAGAAAAGGAGCGUCUUCCUGGACAGGAGCAGUGGGCAGUACGCAAACUCGGACGAGGAAGACAGCUACGAGUCCCCCGACGCCAAGAGGAGGGGCGCGUCGGUGGACGAGUUUCUGAAAGGCUCGGAGCUAGGCAAGCCGCCACACUGUUGCCAUGGAGACGAGUACCACACGGAGAGCAGCCGGGGGUCCGACCUCUCGGACAUCAUGGAGGAAGACGAGGAAGAACUGUGCUCGGAGAUGCAGCUGGAGGACGCGGCCCGGAGGCGGCCCGGCGGCGCGGCCCGCAGUGCCCUCAAGAUUUUAGGAAACCCGGUGACUGCUGGACGGGCUGAUCGGGUGGAUCACGUGGGCCGGAGGUUUCCCCACGGCAGUGCCGGCCGCCACAGGUCCCGGCCAAUGAUGGUCCCGUCUGCCGAUGAGUACGGUGGGCGGAACCGGCUUUCUCCAGACUUCUACGAAGAGUCGGAGACGGACCCUGGGGCGGAGGAGCUCCCACCUCGGAUCUUCGUGGCUCUUUUCGACUACGAUCCCCUCACCAUGUCCCCGAACCCAGAUGCUGCGGAAGAGGAGCUUCCCUUUAAAGAAGGGCAGAUCAUCAAGGUCUACGGCGAUAAAGACGCUGAUGGAUUCUACCGCGGGGAAACCUGCGCCCGGCUUGGCCUUAUUCCUUGUAACAUGGUCUCUGAAAUCCAGGCAGACGAUGAAGAGGUGAUGGAGCAGCUCCUCAGACAAGGCUUCCUCCCCCUGAACACACCUGUGGAGAAAAUAGAGAGAAACAGAAGGAGCAUCAGGCAGCCCUCGGUGGCGACACGGAGGAUGGUUGCCCUGUACGACUACGACCCGAGGGAGAGCUCGCCCAACAUCGAUGUCGAGGCUGAACUUACAUUUUGCACUGGAGAUAUUAUUACUGUUUUUGGUGAAAUUGAUGAAGAUGGAUUUUAUUAUGGGGAGCUUAAUGGGCAGAAAGGCCUCGUACCCUCCAACUUCCUAGAAGAAGUACCUGAUGACGUAGAAGUCUAUCUUUCUGACGCGCCGCCCCACUACCCGCAGGACACGCCGACGCGCUCGAAGACGAAAAGGAUUUUCUAGAAUAAUUGAAGCGUCUGAGUCCCGGUAAAUUCCAGAUGGCUUUGCUGUUCUCCACCCCCUGCUCACUGUUCACAGUGCACAACAACAGCUCCUAGGCGCACAGGUAGAGCCGCAUUAACUCAGCCAUCUUAGGUCAAGCACGUAUUUCCUGACCGGGUU